UAUAAUCUUUAAGCACAUACAUUGAAAAUUUAUAUUAAAGUUUAUAAUUAUAUAGAGAAAGUUAGGUGCUUCAUCUUUUAUUAUAUUAUAUAAAUUAAUUUUUUUUUUACGUUUAGGAUGAAGCACCUGGCCUAAUGAUACAAUCACUACAAAUUGUUAUCAUUUUUUUUUAAUAUAAAAACUUUAAUUAUGGCUGAUACAGAGAAUGCAAAUAGCGAAAUGAAUAAGGAAAAGAAUGAUGCAUCUUAUCAAUAUUUUAAUAAUGUUCAACAACCUGUAACCUUAGAUCAAAAUAUUAAUCCAUCAAAUAUUUUAUUUAAUAGUGCAACAAAAGCUUACACAGUUCCAUAUUCAACUAUUAAUACUUAUAAUAUAAUUAAUUCUCAUAAUCCUACACCCUUAUAUAUAUCAUCUCAAAAUUCUAAUGAACAGUUUGGUAAUUUUAAUCCCUAUUUCCCUCUGAAUUCUAGUACACAUUUUUCACAAAAUUUAUUAAAACAAACCAAGAUAGAAAAUAAAAAAAGUGAUAAUUUAAUAGAUUUUGCAAAAAAAUUUUCUAAGAUUUAUCAGUCAUAUUUGGAUAAAUCAGUUCCACAUACUUGGGGUCGUUGGAUAACUACAUUUGUUUUAUAUUGUGUGUUUGCUCUUAGGAUAAUAACUACAAGUGGGUGGUAUAUUGUGACAUAUGCUCUUGGUAUAUAUCUCUUAAAUCUUUUAAUUGCCUUCUUAUCUCCCAAAAUUGAUCCCUCUGGAAAUGCUUAUUCAAAUUAUUAUUUUGAUGAUGAUACACUUUUAUCCAAUUAUUAUCAAGAUGAUUCUCACUAUUCAAAUUCUAAUCAAUCAUCUUUACCCACAAAGUCUGAUGAUGAAUUUAAACCAUUUAUAAGACGCUUACCAGAAUUUAAAUUUUGGCUUUCUGCUACUCAGGCAGUUCUGAUAUCCUUUUUCUGCACUUUAUUUGAAGCUUUUGAUGUACCUGUAUUUUGGCCCAUAUUGGUCAUGUAUUUUAUUGUACUUUUUGUUUUGACAAUGAAAAGGCAAAUAGCUCACAUGAUUAGAUAUAAGUAUUUGCCUUUUAGCCACGGAAAACGGCGUUACCAUAAUUCACUUCCACCUAAUUAAAAAUUAAUUAUCAAUUGAAGACCUACAUAUUCUAUAAUUUUGUCACAUCCAAUUUUAAAUAGCAUAAAAGAAACAAUUUGAUAGAUUAUAAUUGCUUAUGUUAUAUUUAUUGGUACAAUAUUUAAAUUAACAACUUUAUAAUAUAUUUGAAUGCUAUGAAAUAAAUAUAUUAUAAUGAUACAUAUGGAUUUUAUAAAAUAAAUUUUUUUUAGCAAAUAAAAUAUAUUAUCAAAAUGUU